UGUCGAAAGGGGGAAUCAAUCGAUCCGCGACGGUACGCGAAAGCGUUCGCUGCAGACACUUCGGUUGAGGUUGCACAUCUUAUCGCUGUCAUUGCUGGUCCCGUUAUGAGCCGGAAGACAUACGCCACUCGUUUUUGCUAUCUCGAUCUCGUCUGCAACGUUACAGCUUCGAUAAGGCGCCCGCAGCUUCGUUUUUCAACCGCUCUCUGAGAAGAGGAAGAAGAAACGGCCAUGCACUCAUUCAAUGGCCGCGCGUCUUGAUCCAUGCGUUUAAGCAGCGCUAUAGAUUGGCCCCUCUGACGCGAUUUUUCGUGAUUGUCACUCGAACGUGGCCACUCAGUGAAUAGAAGUCUGUGUUAACUGGGUUUACGGGUGUGUGUACAACUCGAGAGACCCGAACCGAUCGGCGCGCGAGUACCAUGGGUUCAAGAAACAAAGUCAGCCCGUUCAAGGACUUUAUCUCCGGUGGCUUCGGCGGAGUCUGCACGGUGGUCUCCGGGCACCCUCUAGAUACCAUCAAGGUACGGCUCCAGACUAUGCCGAAGCCAGGUCCUGGAGAAAGCCCACGCUAUACGGGUACCUUUGACUGUGCCAAGAAAACUAUAGUCAAAGAGGGUUUCCUUGGGCUCUACAAAGGUAUGGCUGCGCCCCUCACGGGAGUGACACCCAUGUUUGCUGUCUGUUUCCUCGGAUUUGGAAUUGGCAAGAAGAUCCAGCAGAAGCACCCCGAAGAAGAGCUCACGUUGCCCCAGCUAUUUUUAGCUGGCAUGCUCUCUGGUGUCUUCACAACAGCAAUUAUGGCCCCUGGUGAACGGAUCAAGUGCCUUCUUCAGGUCCAGCAGGCCCACGCAGACCAUGGAGGCAAAGCCCGGUUCGCUGGACCUGUGGACUGUGCCAAGCAACUGUAUCGUGAGGGGGGAAUCCGCAGCAUCUACAAGGGAACGGCUGCAACUCUUCUACGUGAUGUGCCGGCCAGUGGCAUGUACUUUGCCAGCUACGAGUGGCUACAACGGGUGCUCACACCAAAAGGUGGCAGCCGUUCAGACCUGAGUGUGAAGGUGACCCUGUUUGCUGGCGGCAUGGCAGGCAUCUUCAACUGGCUCGUGGCCAUACCACCCGACGUGCUGAAGUCACGACUGCAAACAGCACCCGAAGGAAAGUACCCAAAUGGCAUCAGAGACGUGUUUCGUGAGCUGAUGAAGCACGAAGGUGUCCGUGCCUUGUACAAGGGUGCCGCCCCAGUCAUGCUUCGAGCGUUCCCUGCAAACGCAGCUUGUUUCAUGGGGUAUGAAGUUGCGAUGAAGCUCCUCAAUUGGGCGGCACCCAACUUAUGAAGAAAACAGCAGUGUGCGAAAACUUGGUCAACCCUCUCCCCUCCCUUGUGCAACGAAACCGGUGUGAACACAAGCUUCAACCUUAAGAGGUCAUGGCUUGCUGUACUAAAGUCCAUCCAGUGCUGUACAUAAGCAUGAUGAACUCCUUUUAAACAUGUUAACUGUUGCCUGCUAGCCUGCGAAUUGAUAUGCUAGACAUAUGGCUGGGUCCAGAUCAAUAGUUGUUAGUUUUGCUUAGAAUAGAUUUCUGGUGCCUACGUGUACUUACUGCUGCUUUGCCAGCCUGGGACACUAUAUGCAUGUGUUGAGAAAGCUAAGGGAAAGGUUGUUGGUUUUGUUGAAAGUGCAGUUUUUCCGCCCAUGGCUACGCUGGAGAAAAAAAAAAAAAAAAAACAACCACUGAGUGGAGAUAUUGUGCUGUCUUUGGCAAUGUUAGUGGUGCUGAUGUUCAGCAUGCAAGGUGGUUGCUCUUUUUGAUGUUUAGGCACCUUGAGAAAGAACAAAGGUUAGCUGGUGGUAUGUCAUCGUUGUGUGACACUGUCAGUACUGUCAAGUGCCCUGAUCCCAGGUCGUUCGCAUACUAACUUAGCUUGACGCCACAAUUGUUACAUUUUUUUGUGUGGUCCAUGGAAGUAGAACAUGUUCUUCUGCAAGUACCAUAGUUGACAAUAUCACAGCAGUUGGUGAGCAGCUAUUUCUUCACGACUACUACAUUGAACUGCUUUUUUAGUCUCAUUCUGAGAGGCUGCAGCUACAUGCACUUCAUAUAUGUUGAAGGUUAUUUGCUCAAAUGCAGUUCUGCUGUGCAAUUGUUAUGCUGGGACCACUCAAUUUUCUUUUUUUGUUCCAGUUUAAAUGCACCGUUCAUGGCAUGCCACAGGCUCUGUUGCACAUAAAAGCUCCUUUAUACAUCUCCAUAAAUGGACAAAUAUUAGCGAUUACCAAUUUUCUGCAUUGUUGCAUUCCUGUGCGAUUCCAGUACAUUGUUGAGACCUCUGCCUUGGAAUCUUAUGUGCAAUAAUGUGUCUCGAGUAUUGCUUAAACUUGUUAGUUUUCCUAUGCUAUGCAAAGAGAUUAUGUAUACUUGUAUGUAGUACAGUAUGUAUGAAUGCACACAAUUAUACUAUACUGGCAUUGGUUGUAUUUUCGAUGUGUGGAUCUCUUCCUAGUAAUGCACACUAACUUCCACUCUUUUAGGAUUGUACAGUAAAGCACCUGAUUUACAGUAUCUAGAAUACGAAGCACAGUAUCUCUGAUGAGAUAGGCAAAUUAGGGACCACUAUAAGGUUUCCUAUAGACUCGGUGCUCUUUUAUUGAGCUGAACAACAGAGGGAAAGGAAAGGCUGGGAGGUAUCAGUUUUCAGUCUGCUACCCUGAACUGGGGUGGGGGAAAUAGUAAGGAAAUAAAGUUGAGGGAGAGAACAAGGAAAAAAAUUAACAGGAAGGGCAUUUCAAUAAGAGGGGUUCACACAGGCAGGCAGAUUUGGCAAAGCGUAGGUGUACUUGCACUGCUUUCUGAUGAGAUGUUGUGUCCGGAGAUUUCAAAGGUGCUUUAUGAGCUAGCUUUGAAGGGAGUUGAUGUAGCAUUUUCGGGGCAGAUUGCAUUGGGGGAUACCGCAUCUAUGAACAUUACCCAGAAAAUAUUGCGGGACAAGCAAGUGCGUGGCUGCACUUAAUGGUGCCCCAGUGCAGCUGCCCUGCAUCAAAGCAAACUUGUGCAGGUGCAACGAUGCCUGAAGACGUGGCUUCGUAUCUGCUACAUUGUUUGAGUGCGCUGACGAAAACGCUUACUGAAGUCAACAGCACACUGAACUGGGCUCGAGGUGGUGAAAUCGUCCUUCCCUAUCGCAUGCAGUACACAAACGCAAGGCUCCCUUGCUGUGACGGUGACAGGCUACUGAAAGCAAACUUCAGGAGACCACAAUGACAAGCAGGCUUGGCGAACCCAAACAAUGUAGCACAUUAAGCAAGGCCAUGCGUCUAGGCGUCCCUGUGCCUGCACAGGUUUGCUUCAAUGUGCUGGCUGCACUGGUUCUCCACGGAGCAUGGCCAUGCGCUCGCGUCCCCUGUAUCUCAUUGCGAGUGAGUGUACAAGCCAUGGAAUGUUGCAUAGCACAGAUGCGGAAGUUUUGCCCCCACAUUCAGUGUGCGAGAAAUAAAAGUGAUCAAAUAUG